AGUGCAUCAGCAGCAACGGUUGACUGUGUACCGACCGUAGAGGAAGAACGUUUCCCGUGAGCAGCGCUGCUCUGAAGCUCGCUCAAGUGUGUCUCUCUUCCAUCCGCGCGUUCCCGAUACCGGCACACUCGCUGCAUGAUGGCCGAGGGAGGCGGACCCGAGUCGGGUGGCGCGGCGGACUCCGACUCGGAGCCGGUAGCCGCACAAAUGCCAACCCCUUCAACCGAAAGUCAGAAACAGACUAUUGGGUCACUUUUGAAAACUACUCUAAGAAAGGGCGACGAAUGGUAUCUAAUAGACAGCCGGUGGUUCAAACAGUGGAAGAAGUAUGUAGGGUUUGACAGCUGGGACAUGUACAAUGUUGGAGAACGUAGCCUCUAUCCAGGACCAAUUGAUAGCUCCGGGCUGUUCUCAGACCAGGAGACUCAGGCCCUGAAAGAGCACCUUAUAGAUGAGCUGGACUAUGUCCUUGUACCCACUGAGGCAUGGAAUAAGCUUGUCAGCUGGUAUGGCUGCCUUGAGGGCCAGAGACCCAUCGUCAGGAAGGUGGUUGAACAUGGCAUGUUUGUCAAGCACUGUAAAGUGGAGGUCUAUCUGCUGGAGCUGAAUUUGUGCGAGAAUGACAACAUGGACAACGUGGUCACACGUCAUUUCAGUAAAGCUGAUACCAUAGAUACUAUUGAGAAAGAGAUGAGGACGCUGUUCAAUAUCCCAUCAGAGAAGGAGACACGGCUCUGGAACAAAUACAUGAGCAACACCUAUGAGCAGCUGAACAAACCAGACAGCACUGUACAGGAUGCUGGGCUCUUCCAGGGGCAGGUGCUUGUGAUUGAGCGCAAGAAUGAGGAUGGCACAUGGCCCAGACAAGCCUCCCAUCCCAAAUCCAGUACAACCCCAUCCAGGAAUUUCACUACCUCCCCAAAACUCUCCUCUAACUCAUCAGCCAGCAUCUCCUCAACAGUAACCAACGGAGACAGCAGCUGUAGCCCUGGAUACACACUCAACAACAGCACCUCAUCUGGCAACAGAUUGGGGGGCUACAAUUUGUACAGCUCCUCCUACAACUACAGAGAGUCACAGUCACAGCCUGGCCUGUGUGGUCUCAGUAAUUUGGGCAAUACAUGCUUCAUGAACUCUGCCCUCCAGUGCCUGAGCAAUGCAUCACCACUCACAGAAUACUUCCUCAAUGACCAGUAUGAGGCAGAGAUUAACCGAGAGAAUCCCCUAGGAAUGAGGGGUGAGAUCGCUGAGGCCUAUGCAGAUCUAGUAAAGCAAAUGUGGCUGAGCCGUAGCAGCUACGUGGCCCCACGCACCUUCAAAACCCAGGUUGGACGCUUUGCCCCCCAAUUUUCAGGCUAUCAGCAGCAGGACUCACAGGAGCUGUUGGCCUUCCUGCUUGACGGGCUCCAUGAAGAUCUGAACCGUGUCAAGAAGAAGCCUUACCUGGCCCUGAGGGAUGCAGAGGGCCGUCCCGAUGAGAUUGUUGCCAAGGAAGCCUGGACAAACCACCGCUUGCGCAAUGACUCUAUCAUAGUUGAUAUUUUCCACGGCCUCUUCAAAUCCACUUUGGUGUGCCCAGAGUGCUCCAAGGUGUCUGUCACCUUUGACCCAUUCUGCUACCUCACACUGCCCCUGCCCAUGAAGAAGGACCGUACCAUGGAGGUUUUCCUGGUGCGAUCCGACCCUCAGUCAAGACCCACACAGUAUCGAGUGGUGGUCCCCAAACUGGGUACAGUGACAGACCUGUGCAGCGCCCUGUCCAAACUCUGUGGAAUCCCUCCUGAAAAUAUGGUGGUGGCAGAUGUUUACAAUCACAGGUUCCAUAAAAUUUAUAGACGGGAUGAUGGCCUCAACCAAAUAAUGGAAAAAGAUGACAUCUUUGUGUAUGAGGUACAGGAGGAGGACAGUGAGAGGAUGAACCUGCCUGUGUAUUUCAGGGAGCGCCACUCCAAGCAUGCUGGGAGUUCCACAAGCACCAUGCUGUUUGGCCAGCCUUUACUCAUCACCGUGCCCAGACACAACCUCAUAGCAGACGUUCUAUAUGACAAGAUCCUGGAGAGGAUCGGGCGCUAUGUAAAACACGCCCCGAGCCCCAGCACUGAAAGCAGGGCCUCAGCCUCAGCCACCUUUGCCAGCUGCAGCCAGGCUCCUGAAUGUUCCACAUCGUCUAGUCUCAACGCUGGCCUGGGCGGCUGUGGCAGUCCCCUGUCGGACGGAGCCUCCUGUAGUGCCAGCUCUAGUAACGGCAGCAACCACUCAGGGACCUGCAAUGAAAGUAAUGGGCUAUAUGAUGGUGAAGAGGAAGCCAUGGACCACCAGGUGAGCCCAGAGCCAGAGAAUGGCCAGUCUGAAGAGGAGGAAGAGGAGACCUCUGACUUGGAAAAUGGGUCUAAAGGAGACGGAGCCAAGCAGUGCUCUUCACCAGCCAAGCUCUUCACUUUCAGCAUUGUUAACUCUUAUGGGACAGCCAACAUCAGCCCACUGCCUUGUGAUGGAAAUGUCCUCAAACUUAAUCCACAUUCCACAGUGGCGAUCGACUGGGACACAGAGUCAAAGAAACUGUGUUACGAUGAACAGGAAGCAGAGGCCUAUGAGAAGCAUGAGAGCAUGCUGCAGCCCCAAAAGAAGAAAGCCACUGUGGCUCUGAGGGAAUGCAUUGAGCUCUUCACAACAAUGGAGACACUUGGAGAACACGAUCCAUGGUAUUGUCCUACAUGUAAGAAACACCAACAGGCCACAAAAAAGUUUGACUUGUGGUCGCUGCCUCGCAUUCUGGUUGUUCACCUGAAACGUUUCUCCUAUAACCGGUGUUGGAGGGACAAGCUGGACACAGUUGUGGACUUCCCCAUCAGGGAUCUGAACAUGUCCGAGUUUGUGUGUGAUCCCAAGGCCGGCCCUUACACAUAUGACCUCAUUGCCGUGUCAAACCACUAUGGAGGAAUGGGAGGAGGUCACUACACAGCUUAUGGCAAGAAUAAAGUGGAUGGAAAGUGGUAUUACUUUGAUGACAGUAGUGUCUCGUCUGCCUCAGAGGACCAGAUUGUGACUAAAGCAGCCUACGUGCUGUUCUAUCAGCGCAGAGACGAGGAAGCCCCCUCCAAACCUCAGCCUUCGGCCUCACUGGGAGGAGCCCCCGAGGCAGCUGAUGACCACAUGGACACAAACUGAGGAGCCCUGACGGGAGGGGGGACACGCACUGAAAUGCAUACAGCAAAAUAGAGACACUUGGACACACACACAAAGCUACUUUAGUGACAGAGGACUCCACAGACUUAACAUUAUUAACCUUACCUUCCCCCGUAUUUUAUUUGAUUUUUGUCUUGUAUGUUGUCAACUAGAGCCAACAGCCUUGUCAGAAGAGUGACCUGAGAGACUUCCUCCCCGCCACGGGUGGCCUACUGAUGUCUGAAAAUAGUUUACUAGCCAAGAGGAAUGAAUAUAAAUGGAUAUAGAUCUUCUCACUGGAUGAACAGAUUGUUAGAAGUGCCCUCAAAUGCAUAGAUAAACAAAUGUCUCUGUUGCCCACAACAACAGUCAGAAAUAUAUAUAAAAAAAGCCAAAUGCACAUCUUGUUUUAACCAAAGCAUUUCAAGGUAUUUAUGAUAAAAAUGUACCAACUGUUAAGACAUUAGCGAGAUAACUGGCAUCGUGCCUAGAUUUAUCUCUGAUAAUCUCGCUGUGCUGAGGUAAAUGCAAACUCUAACAGUGUGAUGUGCACACAGAACAAUACAUGCCAUGCUUGUUGAAAGAAUUUCUGGGACUUUAUGCUCCCUGUGUAGAGUGGAUUACUGAUGGGGGAUCCUGCUGCUGCAGACUAGCUGUGUGCAGUUGUGCUACCGGCCUGCUGGGUCGGCGUUGCAAUCUAAACCGCAGAGGGAAUGUGUUCGUUUCAAGGUUUGUAACAUCUCGGGUCUUGACGUGAUUUGUGGCAGAAGCUGUUUUUUCGGCCUUGCUCUCGAUCAUCUUUUUUUUUCGUUCUUUGACGCACAGCAUGGGGCUCUUGCUGUCUCUCGGACCCUAAACUUAUGAGAGGAGUCUUACCCUGCUAAUGAUUUUUAUUUUCCUUUUUUUUGUAAUCACGAUGCAAAAGCGGCCUUUUGAUUCCUGCAACCUGACUAAAAAGGAGGCACUUUGAAUUCUCCAUGAGUACAUUAUCUACCUGCUUCUGGUGUAUCUAGACAUUACAGAAUUGUAUGGUUUGGCCUUAGCAUUAAGCGUAAUGGUCUCUCAUACACUUUCAGAUGAUUUUAAUGUGUCUUUUAAGCAUAUUUUGAUUGCUGCCUGAUUGGACCCCUAGCUCACCCGCAAUGGCUUGUCCUUAUUAGUCUUGUACAUUAAUGCAGCUCUGUAUUGAAAUGGCAAUGUUAUUUGAUAUCCUCAAAGCACACUGAGUGAAGCAAAAUAAACUAGUAUAAAAGUGGUGCUUUAUUCAUGAAACUUGAACUUGCUCCUAGUCAGGAACAAUCUACAUGUGUCAUCAGAUGGGGGCAGGACAGCAGUACCUUAAUGCCAUUUUGAGCCAAUUGUUUUCCCUUCAGUGAUCUUAGUACACUACUCAGCUGUUAAGUAAAAUGCAUAUGAAUUGUUUCUGGUGAUAGCAUAAGAAAACAAUCCCUUUGUUCUAUCUUACUAUAGUCCUCAUAGACACAAAAUUAUCACUAUUACCCUAAGCACAGUUGUAACAGGUGUCUUGAAUGUGAUGACUGAGUAUAAAAUAGAGUACAUUUACUUAUACUCAGUAUCAAAGGUCUAGUGAAACCAGUUGACAGAUAGUAUAAUGGAUCUACUCUUGUUUUGUGGCAUAAACUCUGGACUUUGUUGCAUAACAGCAUGUGGACAUGUAGGACCUCCAAGUGUCCUGUUUUUUUGCUGGUCGGUCCUACUGUCAUUAUGUUGUCCAGAGAUGGCUACGUAAAUAUAAUCAUUUAUGCCUAUGAUUAGAAAAGCUUUACAUCAUAUCUGUAAUCCUAGAUACUUAGCUGAAAACACAAUUCAGCUUCCCCCUAAAUCAUGACAGCAAUUCUAACUCAAAGAUAAAUGAAGAGAUGUAAAUAAUCACACUAUUUUAAAUAGGUGUAUAAAUUCUUGUCCUCAUAUUUAUCUUAUUGCCGAUAUCUACAGUAUUUGUUUUUAAACUGAGAAAUAUUUGAAUUCAAAGAACAAUAAAGACUGGAAGCCUCAACAA